AUGGUUAGAGAGGGAGUUGUGUUGGGUCAUAUUGUGAGUGAAAGGGGUUUAGAGGUGGAUAGAGCAAAAAUUGAUAUUAUAUCUAAAAUGAAACCUCCAAAUUCAAUAAAAUAGAUUAGAUCUUUCUUGGGUCAAGCAGGUUAUUAUAGAAAAUUUAUUCAAGAUUUUUUGAAAAUUUCUAAACCUCUCACCAUACUAUUAUCUAAAGAUAUGCCUUUUAAUUUUGAUGAGAAAUGUUUUGAGUCUUUUUCCGUAAUAAAAAGAUUACCUACUGAGGCACCCAUUUUACAAGCUCCUGAUUGGUCCCUUCCCUUUGAAAUAAUGUGUGAUGCAUCGAAUUAUGCAGUGGGGGCCGUUCUAGGACAAACAAAAGAGUCAAAACCCAUAGUAAUUUCAUAUGCUAGUAAAACUAUAUCCGAUGCUCAAUUAAAUUAUACCACGACUGAAAAAGAGUUGUUAGCUGUAGUAUUUUUGUUAGAAAGGUUUAGAUCAUAUAUUUUGGGAGCUAAAAUUAUUAUUUAUACUGAUCAUGCAGCAUUAAAAUAUCUGUUAAAUAAGAAAGAUGCAAAGCCACGUUUAUUAAGAUGGAUUUUAUUGUUGCAGGAAUUUGACUUAGAAAUAAAAGAUAAAAAAGGUUUCAAGAAUGUUGUUGCUGACCAUCUUUCUAGAUUAAGUGAUACAGGAAUAAAUGCAGCACCUUUACAAGAUGUAUUUCCAGAUGAACAAUUGAUGGCAGCUCAACAUCAACCAUCACCAUGGUAUGCACAUAUUGUUAAUUUUUUGUUUUUUGGAAAAACUCUAAAACAGUGGGAUAAGAACAGAAAACAUCAUUUCUUUUCUAAGAUUAGAAAUUAUUUUUGGCAUGAUCUUGAUUUAUAUUAUUUGGGCAAUGAUCAAAUUUUAAGGAGAUGUGUUCCUGAAGAAGAAUAUCAUAUCAUUAUUAACAUGUGCCAUUCAUCUAACUGUGGAGGACAUUUCUCUAGACGAAAAAUAGCUGCAAAAUUUUUUCAGUGUGGUUUUUAUUGGCCUACAAUCAUUACAGAUUCUAUAGAAUUUAUUAGAACAUGUAUUUCAUGCCAAUCUAUAGGUAACAUGAGUAAAAAAGAUGAAAUGCCUAUGAGUAACAUAUUAGUAGUCGAAAUUUUUGAUGUAUGGGGAAUAGAUUUCAUGGGUCCUUUUCCAUCAGCUGAAAAAUAUGAAUAUAUUUUGCUUGCUAUUGAUUAUGUGUCGAAGUGGGUGGAAGCUAUUCCUACUAGAACUAAUGAUCAUAAAAUCGUGAUGAAAUUUGUGCAAAAAAAUAUUUUUUCGAGAUUUGGAUGUCUUAGAGUGAUUAUUAGUGAUGGAGGAACAUAUUUUAUAAAUAAACAUUUCAGGAAACUAUUGAAAAAGAAUAGGGUACACCAUAGAGUAGCCACUCCAUAUCAUCCCCAAACAAAUGGGCAAGCUGAAGUAGUAAAUAGGAAAAUUCAGAGAAUUUUGAGAAAAAUAGUUAGACCAGAUAGGAAAGAUUGGCCCACAAAAUUACAAGAUGCAUUAUGGGCUUAUAGAACAGCUUAUAAAAAUCCCAUAGGUAUGUCUGAUAAGUCUUCAUUAUCAUGAGUUAAUAAUUAGUAAAUAAUAUAGUUUUAGCCUUAACUCAUGAUAAAUAGACUUAUAUUUGUGUUAAAGUGUGAAAAGUGGUUUUCAGUUGAUUAAUGUGAAUUUUUGGGUAAUUAUGUGAUUUUAUACGAUUUUUACAGUCUUACUUUUGAGAUAAAUGAAGAAAAAGAAAUAAAAAUAAAAAUAUUGCAAAAUGGGGGGACCCGCCGGCCAGCCGGGCCCACAAGUGGGUCGGAAGCGUAGUCGAGAGUAGCUGCGAGCAGGGGCUCGAGCGGCUUAGCUUGGACCGAUAGGAGCACGUGUGCGCCACUCCCCUUCCACGUCACCGGUGGCCAGCCGGCUGUGGGGCAAGGAGUGGUCGUACACGCGAGAGAAGGGACUUUGCCUAAAAAGCUAACAUUACUAUAUAUUCGCUUGAAAAAUCGGCGCACAACCGAUGUGAGACUAAACCCGCGUCACACCUUCCUCAGAAGGGGGGGCGGACAACCGGCGCGGGUUCGAAUCCUCCCAGAGUCAAAAUUCAUAUAUUUUUAUCUGAUUAUCGCGACUUUCCUGCAGAUCGUCGGUGAAGGAUUAAGCAACCAGAAUCGCUGGAUCAUCGGCGAAAAUCUCGUCAACGCGAUUCACGGAGCAUUGCUACUAAAAUUGCUGAACGAUUCGCGAUAAAAGGAUCACGAAUCCAUCGAGUAAAUCAUCUCUGAUUGAUCGACGAACAAGCCGUCGUCGGGAAGAGGACGAUCCGCCGGGAGACGAGUCGCCACCUCUUGAGAGCGUACUAGAUGCGAUGAAGAGCCUCCCCUUGCUGCGCGGACCUGAGGAUGAAGCUCCCUAACACGCGCCCCACCUCCAUCCAGUUCCUCUCCAUUGGGUGACAGUCGCCGGAGAGCCGCAAAGUCACCGUUUUUCCGCUCCGCCGGGUGACAGCCGCCGGAGACGACUCGGCGACCCAUUUCAUUAAUUUCUAGACUUCGCGAGAAGAUCUAGAGAUUGCCCAUGUCGUCUUUGCCCAAGGAGAGCCUUCGAGGCCGUGGACACUGCACGACGAACCUCCCGAACGCUCAGGAUUCUGGUGCAUCGCCGACGCAUCGCCGUCGUGACGCCAGAACUCUGUUUUCCUACUUUUAAACUUACUUUACACUUCAUUUAGUGAUAUUUCUUUGUGAUUUUAAAGCCGCAAAGUCGCCGUUUUUCCGCUCCGCCGGGUGACAGCCGCCGGAGACGACUCGGCGACCCAUUUCAUUAAUUUCUAGACUUCGCGAGAAGAUCUAGAGAUUGCCCAUGUCGUCUUUGCCCAAGGAGAGCCUUCGAGGCCAUGGACACUGCACGACGAACCUCCCGAACGCUCAGGAUUCUGGUGCAUCGCCGACGCAUCGCCGUCGCGACGCCAGAACUCUGUUUUCCUACUUUUAAACUUACUUUACACUUCAUUUAGUGAUAUUUCUUUGUGAUUUUAAAGCCGCAAAGUCGCCGUUUUUCCGCUCCGCCAGCCGCCGAAGACGACUGACAUUUCAAAUUUCUAGACUUCGCCUAGACCCAUGUCGUCUUUGCCCAAGGAGAGCCUUUGGACAACGACGAACCUCCCGAAUCAGGAUUCACGACGCAUCGCCGUCGCGACGCCAGAACUCUGUUUUCCUACUUUUAAACUUACUUUACACUUCAUUUAGUGAUAUUUCUUUGUGAUUUUAAAGCCGCAAAGUCGCCGUUUUUCCGCUCCGCCGGGUGACAGCCGCCGAAGACGACUCGGCGACCCAUUUCAUUAAUUUCUAGACUUCGCGAGAAGAUCUAGAGAUUGCCCAUGUCGUCUUUGCCCAAGGAGAGCCUUCGAGGCCGUGGACACUGCACGACGAACCUCCCGAACGCUCAGGAUUCUGGUGCAUCGCCGACGCAUCGCCGUCGUGACGCCAGAACUCUGUUUUCCUACUUUUAAACUUACUUUACACUUCAUUUAGUGAUAUUUCUUUGUGAUUUUAAAGCCGCAAAGUCGCCGUUUUUCCGCUCCGCCGGGUGACAGCCGCCGGAGACGACUCGGCGACCCAUUUCAUUAAUUUCUAGACUUCGCGAGAAGACUUCGCGAGAAGAUCUAGAGAUUGCCCAUGUCGUCUUUGCCCAAGGAGAGCCUUCGAGGCCAUGGACACUGCACGACGAACCUCCCGAACGCUCAGGAUUCUGGUGCAUCGCCGACGCAUCGCCGUCGCGACGCCAGAACUCUGUUUUCCUACUUUUAAACUUACUUUACACUUCAUUUAGUGAUAUUUCUUUGUGAUUUUAAAGCCGCAAAGUCGCCGUUUUUCCGCUCCGCCGGGUGACAGCCGCCGAAGACGACUCGGCGACCCAUUUCAUUAAUUUCUAGACUUCGCGAGAAGAUCUAGAGAUUGCCCAUGUCGUCUUUGCCCAAGGAGAGCCUUCGAGGCCAUGGACACUGCACGACGAACCUCCCGAACGCUCAGGAUUCUGGUGCAUCGCCGACGCAUCGCCGUCGCGACGCCAGAACUCUGUUUUCCUACUUUUAAACUUACUUUACACUUCAUUUAGUGAUAUUUCUUUGUGAUUUUAAAGCCGCAAAGUCGCCGUUUUUCCGCUCCGCCAGGUGACAGCCGCCGAAGACGACUCAGCGACCCAUUUCAUUAAUUUCUAGACUUCGCGAGAAGAUCUAGAGAUUGCCCAUGUCGUCUUUGCCCAAGGAGAGCCUUCGAGGCCAUGGACACUGCACGACGAACCUCCCGAACGCUCAGGAUUCUGGUGCAUCGCCGACGCAUCGCCGUCGCGACGCCAGAACUCUGUUUUCCUACUUUUAAACUUACUUUACACUUCAUUUAGUGAUAUUUCUUUGUGAUUUUAAAGCCGCAAAGUCGCCGUUUUUCCGCUCCGCCAGGUGACAGCCGCCGAAGACGACUCGGCGACCCAUUUCAUUAAUUUCUAGACUUCGCGAGAAGAUCUAGAGAUUGCCCAUGUCGUCUUUGCCCAAGGAGAGCCUUCGAGGCCAUGGACACUGCACGACGAACCUCCCGAACGCUCAGGAUUCUGGUGCAUCGCCGACGCAUCGCCGUCGCGACGCCAGAACUCUGUUUUCCUACUUUUAAACUUACUUUACACUUCAUUUAGUGAUAUUUCUUUGUGAUUUUAAUUUACCAAAAUAUACUUUGUUCUAUUACGAUUCUUCCGGCUUUUACAGAUCUUAAUUUGAUUAAUUAAAUCGUCUGUAAUCGCUUACGUAAGAAUCGCUGGGUGGAACUCUGUUUCCGCCCGAUUCGCGUUCGCCGGGCGCUGACGUCAUCCUGACGUCCGCGCCCUUAUUUCCCUUUUUCGUGAAUUUUAAAUAUAUUUCCUUUUUAUUUCCUAGUAUAAAAUUUAUAGAAAAUCGUAUUAAUUGAGAAAAAUUCGGAAUAAUUACCAGAUAUUAUAUUACAUCCCUGUGAUCGACCUGGAAAAUUACUGCUAUUUUUGGAAAUUUUAUUGAAUUAUAAUUGAUAUAUUUAUUUAUAAAUACUUCUAAAUAUCCAAAAAUUCGUAUUUUCUAGUUUUAUAAAUUUUAGAUUUGCGUGAUUUAAUAGAAAACGACUGAGUCACGUCAAUGUCCCCAUUUCGUCUCAUUUUUGGAAAGCCAUGUCAUCUUCUUGUGGAAAUAGAGCAUAAAGCAUUAUGGGCUAUAAAAAAUUUAUGUAUGGAUGAAAAAUCAGCUGGUAGGUAUAGAAUUUUUCAACUACGUGAACUAGAGGAGUUGAGGAAUGAAGCUUAUGAAAAUCAUAGAAUAUAUAAAGAAAAAACUAAAACUUUUCAUGAUAAAUACAUUAGCAGAAAAAAAUUUGAUGUUGGACAAAAAGUGUGGUUAUAUGAUUCUAGGCUGAAAUUAUUCUCAAGAAAAUUAAAAUCAAAAUGGAAAGGGCCUUAUGUGGUGGAAGAGACAUAUGAUCAUGGGGCUUGACGUGACUCAGUCGUUGUAUAUUAAAUCACGCGAAUAUAAAAUUUAUAAAACUUGAAAAUACGAAUUUUCAGAUAUUUAGAAGUAUUUCUGAAUAAAUAUAUCAAUUAUAAUUUAAUAAAACUUCCAAAACUAGCGGUAAUUUUCCAAGUCGAUCACAUGGAUGUAAUAUAAUAUCUGGUAAUUAUUCAGAAUUUUUCUCAAUGAAUACGAUUUUCUAUGAAUUUUAUACUAGGAAAUAAAAAGGAAAUAUAUUUAAAAUUCAUGAAAAAAAAGGAAAUAAGGGUGCAGACGUCAGGAUGACAUCAGCGCCCGGCGAACGUGAAUCAGGUAGAAACAGAGUUCUGCCCGGUAAUUCUUUCGUAAGCGAUUAUAGAUGAUUUAAUUAAUCAAAUUAAGAUUUGUAAAAGCCGGAAGAAUCGUAAUUAAACAAAGUAUAUUUUGGUAAAUUAAAAACACAAAAUAUAAUCACUAAAUGAAGCGUAAAGUAAGUUUGAAAGCAGGAAAACAGAGUUCCGGCAUCGCGACAACGAUGCGUCGGCGAUGUACUGGAAUCCUGAGCGUUCGGGAGGAUCGUUGUGCGGUGUCCACGGCCUCGAAGGCUCUCCUUGGACAAAGACGACGUGGGCAAUCUCUAGAUCUUCUCACAAAGUCUAGAGAUCACUGAAAUAGGUCGUCGAGUCGUCUCCGGCGGCUGUCACCCGGCGGAGCGGAAAAACAGCGACUUUGCGGCUCUUCGGCGGCUGUCACUCAACGGAGAGGAGCUGGAUGGAGGUGGGGCGCGUGUCAGGGAGCUUCAUCCUCAGGUCUGCGCAGCAAGAGGAGGCUCUUCAUCACAUCUGGUACGCUCUCAGGAGGUGGCGACUCGUCUCCCGGCGGAUCGUCCUCUUCCCGACGACGGCUUGUUCGUUGAUCAAUCGGAGAUGAUUUACUCGAUGGAUUUGCGAUCCUUUUAUCGCGAAUCGUUCAACAAUUUUAGUAGCAAUGCUCCGCGAAUCGCGUUGACGAGAUUUUUGCCGAUGAUCCAGCGAUUUUGGUUGCUUAAUCCUUCACCGGCGAUCUGCAAGAAAGUCGUGAUAAUCAGAUAAAAAUAUAUGAAUUUUGACUCUAGGAGGAUUCGAACCCGCGCUGGUUGCCUGCCUCUGAGGAAGGUGUGGUUUAGUCCCACAUCGGUUGUGCGCCGAUUUUUCGGGCGAAUAUAUAGUAAUGUUAGCUUUGUAAGCAAAGUCCCUUCUCUCGCGUGUACGACCACUCCUUGCCCCACAGCCGGCUGGCCACCGAUGACGUGGAAGGGGAGUGGCGCACACGUGCCCCUAUCGGUCCAAGCUGCUCAAGCCCCUGCUCGCGGCCACUCCCCGACUGAGCUUCCGACCCGCUUGCGGGCCCGGCUGGCCGGCGGGUCCCCCAUUUUGCAAUAUUUUUAUUUUUAUUUCUUGUUCUUUAUUUAUCUCAAAAGUAAGACUGUAAAAAUCGUAUAAAAUCACAUAAUUACCCAAAAAAUCACAUUAAUCAACUGAAAACCACUUUUCACACUUUAACACAAAUAUAAGUCUAUUUAUCAUGAGUUAAGGCUAAAACUAUAUUAUUUACUAAUUAUUAACUCAUGAUAAUGAAGACUUAUGAGGGCUAUAAUGAUUAAAGAUCCUAAAAGUGAUCAUACCUUUAAGGUAAAUGGACAGUAGCUUAAACAUUACAUAGAGCAUGAACGCCUUGCAGAAAAAGAAAUUUUAUUAUUAAAAGAAAUUCAAGAGUAAGAUCAAGGAGUCCAGCUGAAGACAUUAAAUUCAGCGCUGCAUGGGAGGCAACCCAUGGUUUUUAUUUCAUUCUGUUUGAUUGUUUUUUAAGUUCUAUUUUUCUUAGAAUUUCGCAGUACUUAUUUCUGUAUUUGUUUUUUCGAAGAAGUGCAGGAGGAGUGUAAGAUGAAGUGGAAAAUUAAGAACGAGGUUGAGGUGAUGUCUUUCUGAGCUUUAUCAUUUAUGAAAAUAUUUUUAAUGCUUAACUUUGCACAUAUGCAUGCUUCACUUGAAAAUUAUAUUUUCUGCAUAUUGUUUCGAUUUUUCUGUGUCAUUAAGGACAAUGUCAUUUUUAAGUUGGGGGGUGAAGUAUUCAUUAUUAAUUUAUGCUGGAGGACGAUUAAGAACAUGUGUUUGCAUUUUAUUCAACUUAGAACAGCAACUAAAAAAAUAAAAAUAAAAUAAAAUUCGAAAAAGCUGUAACAUCUAUUUUCUGGUUUUUUGUUAGGAACAACAAACUAUCAAAAAUAGCAGACAAAAAAAACAGCCCAAAAUUUUAAAUUCUAGAGACCCUUUUCUCACAUUUCAAUCCCCUAGACAAUAUUACUGAAAUUCAAAAUUACAGCUAUAAAGAGGAUAGUUUUGAUUUAUUUUUGACAAAUUUAUUGUUGCUAAAAAUAGAACUGAAAAUAGAAAACAGAACUUUCAGAACUAUCUAAUUUACAAAUUUCUUACAUCAUAUUACAUGCAUGCAAAAAUUAAAUCAAUUAGAUUGAUUGAUAUCAAAAGAUACUAGGAAGAUUAUUAUUGAGUCAAAAGAAUGAUCUAGUAACAUGAAAUGUUGGAAUACUCCUUGGAUACAUGAUAGAUAACAUGGAUUUGAUUUUACAGAUUUUCACUUCAUGAUCUUGAUGGAUAGUAUUUACUUGAUGUGAAAAUUUGAUUGAUCAUUUGAGUUUAAUGGAGAUUUUUGCACCUUGAUCUAUAGGACUUGUGAGGAGAAAUCACUUAUUUCGAAAAAAAAAAGAGAGAGCAAUGUGAAAAAUCUAGAAAUGAAGAAUACACAUGGAGGGUGUAAGACAUCAUUCUCAUUGUCGAAAAUCGUGUAUAGAAAAACACUUGCUGCAAAAUAAGUGGAUAAAGUGAAAGCCCUGAAAAUAAAGAGUACACAUGGAGGGUGUGAGACAUCAUUCUUAUUUUUGAAAUUUGUCUACAAGAAAAGCUACUUAUCCACUAUAUAAAAAAGAAAAGAGAAAAAAAAAGGAAGAAAUAUAGUGCAAACUUCAAAAAUCAAGCCAUAGAAAAAGGGAAAAUGUAGGAUCAAUAUUAUUCUUAGAUGAGUAUUGAUAAUUGGAACAUCUUGUAAAUACAUCUAUGAGUGAAGAAGUGAUAAAGAUGUGAAUAGAAGAAGUGAAGUCUAGAUUGUUAUUCCAAGGAGUGUUUAAACAUUUAAGUACUUGACAUCAUUCUUAAAUAUUUAAUAUAAGAAUCUAAAGUGUCUAAAGGUGCAUCAUUUCUAAUUGUAUUUUUUUUUGUAUUGAAAUAUGAUGUUUGAGAUUUGUAAAUUUUUAUUUUCGUAAUUCCAUUGCUAAGGGACUAGCAAUGAUUUAAGUUGGGGGCUGUGAUAAGUCUUCAUUAUCAUGAGUUAAUAAUUAGUAAAUAAUAUAGUUUUAGCGUUAACUCAUGAUAAAUAGACUUAUAUUUGUGUUAAAGUGUGAAAAGUGGUUUUUAGUUGAUUAACGUGAUUUUUUGGGUAAUUAUGUGAUUUUAUACGAUUUUUAUAGUCUUGCUUUUAGAUAAAUGAAGAUCAAGAAAUAAAAAUAAAAAUAUUGCAAAAUGAGAGGACCCGCCGGCCAGCCGGGACCGCAAGCGGGUCGGAAGCGUAGUCAGAGAGUAGCCGCGAGCAGGGGCUCGAGCAGCUUGAACCGAUGGGGGCACGUGUGCGCCACUCCCCUUCCACGUCACCUAUGGCCAGCCGGCUGUGGGGCAAGGAGUGGUCGUACAUGUGCGAGAAAGGGACUUUGCUUAGGAAUGUAGCAUUACUAUAUAUUCGCCCGAAAAUUCGGCGCACAACCGAUGUGAGACUAAACCCGUCACCUUCCUCAGAAGAGGCGGGGCAACCGGCGUGGGUUCGAAUCCUCCUAGAGCCAAAACUCAUAUUUUUAUCUGAUUAUUGCGACUUUCCUGCAGAUUGCCGGUGAGGGAUUAAGCAACCAGAAUUGCUAGAUCAUCGGCAAAAAUCUCAUCAACACGAUUCACGGAGCAUUGUUACUAAAAUUGCUGAAGGAUUCGCGAUAAAAGGAUCGCGAAUCCAUCGAGUAAAUCAUCUCCGAUUGAUCGGCGAACAAGCUGUCGUUGGGAAGAAGACGAUCCACCGGGAGACAAGUCAUCACCUCUUGAGAGCGUAUCACAUGCGAUGAAGAGCCUCCUCUUGCUACGCGGACCUGAGGAUCAAGCUCCCUGACACACACCCCACCUCCAUCCAACUCCUCUCCAUCAAGUGACAGCCGCCAGAGAGCCGCAAAGUCGCCGUUUUUCCGCUCCGCCGGGUGACAGCUGCUGGAGAUGACUCGGCGACCCACUUCAUUGAUCUCUAGACUUCGCAAGAAGAUCUAGAGAUUGCCCACGUCGUCUUUGUCCAAGGAGAGCCUUCGAGGCUGUGGACACUACACGACGAUCCUCCCGAACGCUCAAGAUUCUGGUGCAUCACCGACGCAUCGCCGUCACGACACCAGAACUCUGUUUUCCUGCUUUCAACUUACUUUACGGUUCAUUUAGUGAUAAUCUUUGUGUUUUUAAUUUACCAAAAGAUACUUCGUUCAACUACGAUUCUUCUAGUUUUUACAGAUCUUAAUUUGAUUAAUUAAAUCGUCUGUAAUCGCUUAUGUAAGAAUUGCCGGGCAGAACUCUAUUUUCGCUCGAUUCGCGUUCGCCGGGCGCUGACGUCAUCCUGACGUCCACACCCUUAUUUUCUUUUUUUUGUGAAUUUUAAAUAUAUUUCCUUUUCAUUUCCUAGUAUAAAAUUCAUAGAAAAUCGUAUUCAUUGAGAAAAAUUCGGAAUAAUUACCAAAUAUUAUAUUACAUCCCUGUGAUCGACCUGGAAAAUGACCGCUAUUUUUGGAAAUUUUAUGGAAUUAUAAUUGAUAUAUUUAUUUAGAAAUACUUCUAAAUAUCAAAAAAAUCAUAUUUUCUAAUUUUAUAAAUUUUAAAUUUGCGUGAUUUACUAUACAAUGAUUGAGUCACGUCAGUCAUCAAUAAGAACGAUCUAAUAUUAGUAGCCUGAGAGGGAAGGAGUAUGAGUAGGACCCCAUACAUUACAAUGGAUGAGAUCAGAAGAGGAAGAAGAGAGAAUAGCAUCUCAACUGAGGUAGAAGGAACGGUGAUGUUUACUUAGUUGACAUGACUCACACACAUACUUCUUAAGAGAAAGUUACAGUAAUUUUUUUUGAAGUUUCUCAAAACAGGGAUGGCGUAACCUUCAAUGCCAUAAGAGGGAACAAGUGAUGGUAGAGACAACAAAAAGGACUUGAAGGCUAGAAGAAGGUUCAGUAGAAAUAAGUUCAUAGAUACCUCAUCCAUUCUCACGGUCCAAACUAAUUUUCUAGCUAGUGUGCAGAUCCUAGAAAGUGUAAUGAAAAAGAAAAAAGGUAACAAUACAACCAAGGGCAUGAGUAAUGACACUAAUCGAGAGAAGGUUCAUAGUAAAGUCAUGAACAUAAAGGACAUGCUAGAGGGGAAGAUUAGGAGUGAUGAGGGUAGUGCCACGGCCUUUGAUUGAACAAGUCUGACCAAUGACAAUGGUGAUAGGGGGAUGAGGAGUAGGUUGAUAUGAAGAUAAAAGGGAUGAAGUGUCGGUUGAUGUAACUUAGUUGUUGUAUAGUAAAUCACCCAAAUUAAAAUUUAUAAAACUAGAAAAUACUAAUUUUUAGAUACUUGGAAGUAUUUCUAAACAAAUAUAUCAAUUAUAAUUCAAUAAAAUUUUCAAAAAUAGUGGUAAUUUUCCAAAUCGAUCAUAGGGAUUGAGCAAUUUUUUAGAAUUUUCUUCAAAGAAUAUGAUUUUCUAUGAAUUAUAUACUAGGAAAUAAAAAUGAAAUAUAUUUAAAAUUCACGAAAAAGGGAAACAAGGGUAUGGACGUCAUGAUGAUGUCAACGCCCGACGAACGUGAAUUGGACGAAAAUAGAGUUCUACCUAAUGAUUUUUACAUAAGUGAUUACAGACAAUUUAAUUGACCAAAUUAAGAUCUGUAAAAGUCAGAAGAAUCGUAAUUGAAUGAAGUAUAGUUUGGUAAAUUUAAAUCACACAAAUUAUCACUAAAUAAAGCAGAAAUAAAGUUAAAAAUAGGAAAAUAGAGUUCCAGCGUCAUGGCAGCAAUGCGUCGGUGAUGCACUGAAAUCUUGAGCAUUUGGGAGGAUCGUUGUGUAGUGUCUAUGGCCUCCAAGGCUCUCCUUGGACAAGUACGAUGUGGGCAAUCUUUACAUCUUCUUGCAAAGUCUAGAGAUCAAUAAAAUGGGUCGUCGAAUCGUCUCUGGUAGCUGUCACUUGAUGGAGUGAAAAAAUAGCAACUUUGCAGCUCUCUGAUAAUUGUCACAUGAUAGAGAGGAGCUGGAUAGAGGUGGGGCACGUGUCUGGGAGCUUUAUCUUCACGUCCACACAGCAAGAGGAGGCUCUUCGUCACAUCUGGUAUGCUCUUAGAAGGUGAUGAUUUGUCUCCCGAUGAAUCAUCCUCUUCUCGACAACGGCUUGUUCGUCGAUCAAUUGGAGAUGAUUUACUCGAUGGAUUCACAAUCCUUUUAUCGCGAAUCAUUCAACAAUUUUAGUAACAAUGUUCCGCGAAUCGCGUUGAUGAGAUUUUCGUCGAUGAUCUAGUGAUUUUAGCGACUUAAUCCUUUACCAGCAAUCUGUAGGAAAGUCAUGAUAAUUAGAUAAAAAUACGAGUUUUGGCUCUAGGAAGAUUUGAACUUGCGCCAGUUGUCUGCUUGCAUGAGAGAGAUUGAAAUAAGUAUUAUAAUGCCUUUAUCAAGUGACGUCAUCAUGAUAUAUCUUUGUUAUAAAUAAAAGAUAUUUUAGGUAUUUAAAUCUUCAAACCUUUUCGAGGGAAGGUAUGACAUGGGUUUAGUCCCACAUCACUUGUACGUCAAAGUUUUGGGUGCAUAUAUAGUAAUAUUAUAUUUGUAAGUAAUGAGUCCCUUUCUCUCACAUGUACGACCACUCUUUACCCCACAAUUGGCUGGCCAUUGGUGAUGUGGAAGGGGAGUGGCGCACACGUGCCCCCAUCAGUCCUAACUGCUUGA